AUGAGCAGUGGCGAGAAGAGCAAGGCGCUCGAGUUCAUCGAGGUGGACGAGCCGACGGUGUCAUCGCCCCGGUCCCGCGCAACCACCGCGUCGUCGUCGGCGCCAGCGUCUCCCCAGGCCUCUGCCACGCUGCUUGGCAGCGUCACGGCAAGCGUGCGUCAGGCCAAGCACCCUGUCGCCGCCGUGUUCCACGUGCUCUUUAAGGCGCUUGCGCUGCUCGCCUAUCUCUUUGGUGGCAUCUUCUCCAACAGCUUUGUCUUUGUCUUCGUCAUCUGCAUCCUGCUGCUGGCGUUUGACUUUUGGACUGUCAAGAACGUCUCGGGUCGCCUCCUUGUGGGUCUUCGCUGGUGGAACCGCGUCAACGAAGACGGUACGAGUGAGUGGAUCUUCGAGUCGCACGAGGACAUGACGGAACUGGACCCGCUCGACGCCAAGGUCUUUUGGACUGGCCUCUACGGCGCACCCGGCGUCUGGGUGCUUUUCCUACUCAUCGCAGUGCUCAAGUUCAACCUCGAGUGGGCGCUUAUUGCAAUCGUGGCACUCAUGCUCUCGGCGGCCAACAUUGUCGGCUACACCAAAUGCAGCAAGGAUGCCAAGAACAAGAUGAAAUCGAUGAUGGCCUCAGGUGCACUGGAAGCGUUGCAGUCAUCUACCGGCUCAACGAUCCUCUCGACACUUGGUGGCAUGGCCUUUGGGAAUGCACCGGCGCGGCCCAACGCCCGCCCGCCCAGCGAAAUCGUCUGA